CAAGCUGCCAACUACGUCACUGAGUCUAUCCAAGGUAGUGGCGCUGAGGCCUCUAAAGAGGCAAACAAGAGCGUUGCUAAGGAUUCGGAAUCAAACUUGUCCUCCCGAGUCACAGCAGCAAAAGAUGCCGUUGUUGACAAGAAAGAUGAAAUGUCUCACAACACCAAAGCCAACGUCAACAAAGGUAAUUUCUUGCAUUCUUUAAAUAUUAUGAGUGCAGUAUUAACAAAUUGCAGAAUCAGCUAA